GUCGACUUCUACUAGUACUGUAUUUGACCAUCUGCACAAGCCAAAGCGACACUCACUCUCACGCAAAGCAAAAUGAUGAGCCACAAGCAGAUUCUGCGACCAACCGACUUUUACGAGGAGGGCGAGUCGUACCAGGAGGAUUGGCACGAGGACUUUGAGGAGGCUUACCCAGCCCCUCAGAACCUUCCAAGCAACUUGGUGGCACCUGCUGGAUACAUUGGUGGGCCGCUGACGGCAGUCACAACGACCACAAUCGAGGCGACGGCUCAUGCCUCCGGACCGGGCGCACGAGCAACAGCGUCCGUCCACAUGCACCGUGGCGCACCUGCGAGGCAAAACACAGUGCAGCAAAUGCAUCAGCCAGUUUACUCGAGCUCUGCUGCAAAGUCUUCUUCGGAUGGCGCGGUGGCCGCAAAGAUUGACAUUAUCUGCGACCAGACGAUUGCUGUCGCGGGUGGAUUUGUCACUGGCCUUGUUGAAAUCAAGGCCGAGAGCACUUGCGAACUCCGCGAGCUGCUCAUCGCCUUGAUUGGCACCGAAGCGCUGUCUGGCAAAGAGCGACGCGAAACGCAAAUCAUUGCCCUCCGCGAUGUGCUUUCGCGACUCACACCCGUUCUUCCCGGGAAGACGACUUUUAACUUUGCCUUCACUCUGCCAGACAACAUUCCGUCGUCGUUCCGAUCCUCGCACGGUGACGUCACUUACUCGAUUGAAGUUGCCGCAAAGUUUUCAACGGCCCGUCUCACUUCGACCAAAGAAAUUACCAUCUAUGAAAACAUUGCGUCCGAGUUCCAGAACGCAACCGUGUCUCCCCGAUCUGUCACAGCCAGUGGCAGCAAGUCGUUCUUUUUGGCGGGCAGUGGCACCGUGAAUGCUACCGCGACUCUCAGUCGAUCCCUCUACUCGAGCGGCAGUCCGAUUAUCGUGAGCAUUCUAGUCGAGAACCACACCAAAAAGAGGAUGCCUUUCAUCAAAAUGCAGCUCGUCCGCUUGAUGAGCAUUGGCUCUGCGCCGGAUCUCGAGAAAGUGGUCGAGUCCGUGUCAUUCAAUGACCGCACUGUGAAAGUCGAAUCAGGCGAGUCGCGAAGUUUGAUUCUCCACAUGGACAGCAUUCCACCGCUGCUGACGAGCAUCUCACAAACGACAUUGUUCCAAGUCAAGUACUCAGUGCAACUCACCCUGGACGGUGGUUCGUUUAUGAGUCGGCCGUUAACGGUCUCUCUGCCCAUCCGUAUAGCGCAUGCCGUGUCGUGCACUCCCUCCCUCAUUCCCAGCUACAUUGAGCCCGCCAACCGCCCCGCAGCUGUCGUGCCUCGUCCGUCUGUUCCCCAUUACGUUCCAGCAGCCGCUCUAGAAGAGGCCAUAGACGCCCCUCCCGCAUACACCGAGACCGAUCCAAAUGCCGCAUCGGCGAGCGUUCCGCCAGUGUUUGUUGCAUCUGGGGCAAGCAGUGUGCGAGUGGCGCCUUCCGCUCCGCGCGGCUCUAUUCUGACAAUGCCUGAGGCCCCUGCGCGUCGUGCACCGUCACCAUCCUUCCCUCCGCAAGGCUCCAAAUAACGGAUGGACGGCUCGAGAUGCUGAACUUAUUAUUUGCAGAAAGUGUGUGUGUUUUUUUUGUUUUGUUUUCAUUGUGCUUCGUUUGUGAUCGGGAGCAACUCUCCAAACAACGACGGUGCUUCAUCAAGUCAUCAAGCCGAUGUUGUUGUUGUUGAUGACGAUGAUGGUGAUGAUGGCGGAAUCUGCACAGCAGUCAAAAGACAAGAAAAAAUACUGUUUGAUUACUUUAUUUUGAUGAAAAAAAAAACCAACA